GAUGUCCAGAGCUGACUGGUCCUUCCUGGAGCAGCUGUUGGAGGAGGGGCAGGGUUAUAGCACCGGGGUGGGCCGUGUCUGGCUCACUGUCCUCUUCCUGUUCCGUAUGCUGGUCCUGGGCACCGCCGCAGAGUCAGCCUGGGACGACGAACAGGACGACUUCGUCUGUAACACCAAGCAACCUGGAUGUACCGCCGUGUGUUACGACAAAGCUUUCCCCAUAUCACAUUACCGCUAUUUUGUGCUCCAGGUGAUUUUUGUUUCCACGCCGACUAUUUUCUAUUUUGGGUAUGUGGCCUUGAGGGCUGCGAAGGAGGAGGAAGAGGAGGAAGAGGAGGAGAAGAAGAGAACGGAGGAGGGUGGUGGUGAGGGACGAGAGAGGGGAGGAGUAAAGAAGAAUGGCGAGAAGAAGAGGGAGGUGAGAAAGGGGUAUGAGAUAGAAGAACUAGAGGAGGAGAAAGGAGGGAGGAAGGAGGUGAAAGCUCUCCCAGAGGCUCCUAAGCUGAAGGGCCGUCUCCUCUGUGCCUACGCCGCCAGCAUCCUCCUCAAGGUCCUCCUGGAGGUYRGCUUCAUCGUGGGGCUAUGGUACCUCUACGGCUUCGUGAUCCCGGCMCGGUUCGAGUGUGUCCGGGACCCCUGUCCUCACACGGUGGACUGCUUCGUCUCCAGACCCACGGAGAAGACCAUCUUCACCAUCUACACCCAGGCCAUCGCUGGAGUCUCUGUCCUUCUCAACAUAGCCGAGCUCCUCCACCUCCUCCAGCUGGCCGUCACCCACCACCUAGAAAAACACUAUGCCCAGGAGCAGUACACCUUUCCUGGCAUAGCUGGGGUCCGAGUCCAGCCUGGGGCUUCAGGGUUGGAGGUGGAGAUGCAGCAAGCUUCGCCUUACCAGGAGAAGAGCCAUCUCUAUUUAGCCAUGGGGGAGGCCGGCUACGCCAAGCCCAGUGAGAGUUAUCUGGACCUGGGGGAGGCCGGCUACGCCAAGCCCAGUGAGAGUUAUCUGGACCUGGGGUCCAGAACAGGGAUGGACCCUGCUGGUGACAUUCUCCCCAGUUAUUUGAACUGUAUGGGGGCGAUAAGGACUUCACACUCUUCAGGGAGAGCUCACCCUAAGAAAUACAACACACAACACACACACAGUAAGGGUGCCCAGAAGGGACACAGUAAAAAACACACUAAGCAUUAUGUAUGAGGAAACCAGAGAGGUUUGGUUCUGUGAAUAGGAGUAAGCCAUGUGUCCACUACAGACUGAUACAGGCACCUUCGGGGUGUUGGAAUGCACAAGAAUAAGGAAACACUUUACUUGACACCCUGCGUCAUAACACUGUCAUAACCAUGUCAUAAUAUGU